AUCGUCGAAGGCACAGAGGCGUCACCGGAGCGCCUUGGUCUGGACUACGUCGAUGUGAUUUUCGCUUACCGUCCCGACUUAACCGUGCCCGUAGAUCAAGUCGUUCGUGCACUCAGUUGGGUCAUAGAGAAGGGCUGGGUGCGUCUCGUUCAACCCCUUUCUGCACCAGCGUGUACCUCUUCGAAAGCCAACCUUAUCAGUUGCACAGCAGGUACUGACGCACGACACCGCAGCAUACUGCAUCGCGAGCGGCCCGAGGAAGGAUAUACCAGGUCCCUGUACAAGCGCUACGAUCUCGGGACCACAGGCUGGUCCGCUCUUAUGAGAGGUCCCUUGACAGGCAAGCCUCAUCCAGGCGGAGGGUCUCCGGAAGAUCAAGAGAGCAAAGCGCUCACCGAGCCCGCUGAGAAAGGUCGGCGGCUUUCGUUCUCCGUGAUACCGUGUGUUAUCGGCGCGGAAGCUGACAUACACGUCACUGCGUCUCAGCUUGCACUGGCCUCGGUCGCGAAGCUCCCGGCGAAGGGUACGGUCAUUCUCGGUGCGGCCGAGCCUGAGCAGCUGCUCAAGGUCAUUCCCAAGUUUCCACCUGAGAUCUCGGAAAAGGUCCUCCAGAACAGGUUUGCGCUUACGGUACGAACAAACUACCAUCCUGAAUCUACACACGGUAAUGAACUUUUGUCUCACAGCCUACCUGGGAUGCCGUGCACUCUAUUAUAA